AUGUCGGUGCUGCUCUUCAACGUCUUCGUGGAGGCUUUGCAGAUCGCCGCCAAGGAGGACAGGGCCAUUGCGCAGCGGCGCCUCUUCGAAAGAGAGCUCGCCGCAGAGCUGGCCAAAUGGAGCAAAGGAGGUGGACAAGCACGACUUUGUGGUGUGAUGUGCGAAGGUUGGGCACCGGGCGGGAUGGGCGGCGAAGAAAAGCGUUGGGAGUGGUGUGUGUCCUGGGUGUUGGCAGCAACGAAUGGCAAGGAUGGCUGCAGCACGGCAACGAGCGUCCGCGAUGCAGCUUCACGGUGGCAGCGAGCCACCGUGCUGCUUGAGACAACGAAGGUCUCCCGACGUGAUCAUGUACGACGCAGACAUGGACGCCUGUCAAGAAGGCAGGCAAUGUCAGCGAUCCACCCGGUCGCUCAAGGAUCUGUGCUGCAGUUGUGGACGGACGCGGUAACGUUCAACGCCGCCAUGUGUGACCCAUCAUCAGGUGACGAGCGUCCGACGCCCCUUGCCCGGGGUAGCCACUCCUUCGCCCUUUCUACACUUACGGAGUCCCUGGCCCUGCCGGCGGUGGCAGAGACCCAGGAGUCCAAAGCAGUGAAGCGACUACAAGCAGCAUAUUUCGACCUCGUCUGCCGCAUGCGCCCAGAUCGAUCGGGCAAUUUCCAAGUCGGCGCGCUGCCCGAUCAGCCUGCGCUGCCGGAGCAUGCCGAGCACCUGGAGGUAAAAGCGGCCAAGCCGGCACGCCUCCUCUUUCUACAUGCCUCGCCCCUCUGUGUACUCACGCGUGGGCCGAAUGGGCAGUCAAAGUACGCCCCCCUGCCGCGGCUGAAGAUCGACCGCGAGGUUCACGCCGUACGCGAAGCAUUGCAAGGAGCCGUCGACGUGAAGGUGAGGGAAUCUUCGGAUCGGCUUGCACGCUGGGGCUCUUCGUGUUCAGGUCCAUAG